AUGAGAUCAAAGAGACUGACAUAUGGUUGCGAUGUGUGGCAAACAGUGUCCAUGUCUUCGGACAAGUCUUCGGACACCACUCAUGACUUGGAGUUUGAGAAAGUGAUGAAAGACACGAAAUACGAAGAGUUGGUUCCAAACAAUUGGCAGACAUUGGGUGCGAAACAAGAGGUGCUGUUAGUUAUGCCGCGACAGAAGUGGGGAACCAAACACAUGGAUGUCUUGUACGCCAAUCAGCUGAUGAGCGAAUCCAUCGCUUUGGUCAACACAUUGCCCACAAUGAAAGUGAUUGACUCUAUUAUGAUCUCAACGCUAGACAUUAACAAACGAAAAGUCUUCGGUUCCGGAAAUUUUGAACUCUUGAAGAAUAAAGUGGAGUCCAAUCCGAGGAUCAAUGGAGUGGUGUUUUCCAUAGAUAUGUUGAAUUCGGUUCAGAUGUCAGAAAUGGAGUCACAAUUAGGUGUAGACAUUUAUGACAGAUAUUCAAUUGUGUUGAAUGUCUUCAGAUAUCAGGCGAACACCAAAGAAGCCAAACUACAGAUAGCUUUGGCUGAGAUUCCGUACAUUAGAAACAAUUUACGUGUUUUAGAGACAUCUCGUCAUACGAGACAACAGGGAUGGAUGAAAACGACCGGCGGUUCCGGCGACACACUCUUUGAGACGCGGAGACAACUCCUGAAAGACAGAGAAUUGAAAUUAACCAAACUUUUGGAUAAAAUUCAGUCAAAUCGAGACAUCCUUAGAGUGAAUCGCGAGAAGAAACAGAUGCCAGUGAUUGCUGUCAUCGGUUACACCAACUCAGGCAAGACAUCACUCAUCAAAGCGCUCACAUUUGACAACAGAUUAGUGCCGAGGAAUCAAUUGUUCGCCACAUUGGAUGUGACGGUUCACGCGGGAAGACUGCCCUCCAGUCUCCGCGUGCUGUACACCGACACCAUUGGCUUCAUCUCUGAGAUCCCGACCUCUUUGAUCCGUUCAUUUCGAACCACAUUAAGCGAAAUCAGUUGCGCCGAUGUUAUCGUUCACGUACUCGAUGUCAGUCAUCCUAACCAUCAAUUGCACGAACAGACCGUGGGAAAAACAUUAGACGAAAUCAAAGUUCCAGAAAAGUUAAGGAACACAAUCAUUGAAGUGUCCAAUAAAGUAGAUUUGGUUGAAGACAAACACAGUCUUCAACACAGCGAUCGAUUCCUAGUGUCGGCCACUGAGAGGAUAGGUUUGGAUGAGUUGACGGCUGCCAUCGAGAAGCAGAUCAUCAUUAAUACUGAAAGAUUAUAUAAGAGACUAAGAGUGGCCAACGGUGGCCAAGAAUACCAAUGGCUUUAUAGGGAAUCAGCGAUUCGAGAAACGUUCCAGAAGUUUAUACAUUCAUUUCCGGAUACAUUUCGCGAAAUUAAUUAA